AUGUCACUGACGUUCGCUUCACUGAGUGAAACACGCUUCUUUGGGUAUAACGCUGAAAAUAAGGAAUAUAAUGCUACGGCUCAUCGUGAUCGGAUAUUUGGUAAACAUGUUGCGGAUUAUAUGGCAUUGUUGAAGGAGGAAGAUGAAGAUGCUUAUAAGAGGCAUUUUUCAAAGUUCAUAGCUGCUGGAGUGAAUGCGGAAAAUUUGGAGGAAAUGUACAAAAGUGCUCAUGAAAAAAUUCGAGCUGAUCCUUCCCCAGCAUCAAAACGCGAAAAGGUAAUCUGUUUUAUUAUUAUUGUGAUCAAGGGGAAGAGGUAUAAUGCGAGGAAAUCAACAUUAGCUGUACGCAGAAAUCGCGUUCGCAAUAAGAAGGCAUAUUUAUUAAAGCUGAAGACUCAAGAAGAGAAAUAA